UGACAGAUCCACUCAUCAAAGCGUGCUUCUUUGUUUCCUCGUGGGCUUUCCUGUCUGGGUUAUCGAGUGUUAUAUCAGGAUGCCCAAUGGUGCUGUUCAGCGGCCGCUAUCUGAAGUGAGUCCUGUGGCUCAAAGAAGAAACUCUCCUAGCUGGAACCCAAAUACCAAGCAAAUGUUGAAAAACAAUUCGCCAGACAAGCCCGCCUCGCUGCGCCUCUACUGGCAGGGUCGCGACUCGUCGGAGAAAUCGGAGAACCAAGCUCCCUAUGACCCCGACGCUCCUCACAAGCCAUCAAAGCGCCCAUCAGUUGAGAACCUGAAGCGUGUUGCGCGCGUGAGGAACAGUCACAUCUUCCGUGAUCGCAACCCCGAGUACGAUCCCUCCCAGGCCGACGUCCCACAACGACCUCUUUCAACAAACGACUCCCCCCAGAAAGAACAGACGACGGGGCCACAAACGAACAACUCCAUCGAAGGUCCUAGGCCACCAUCGCCCGCGAAAUCCUCCCUCUCCAAAGCUAGCCGUUUUGGCGUGAAAGGUGGAUUCGACCCUGAGUAUGAGAUUUGGUCCGACGCCGAUGGUCAUCGACACGCGAAGAGUGUGACCUUCGAUGCAGCUCCUCCCCAAGUGAACGAGUACGAGAUGACGACUCCCGAUCCCUCUGUUUCCGCUGCAUCAGACUCUCGUGAUGGUAGCUAUGACUCGGAGGAAGAGGCAGAGGAAGACGAAGGUGAUGUCAGUUUCGAGCGCGAAUCAUCUGCAGAGCAUGAUGAUAGUUUCGACGCUUCCCUGGAAGAUACUGAAAAGACUCCCGUCGUGCUGCCUGAGGAAUGGCGAUACGGACAUGAAGACGAGGAUGGGCCCUUUACGGAGGACGAGGAGGACGAGGACGAGGACGAGGAUGAUGCAAGCCACAGCCCUGACCCUCGUCCUUCUUCGCGUCAAGAGCCUUCCCGGCCACACUCUCGCGUUGAAUCGCUUGAUUCAAACGGGGAGCCUCGACCCCUUCCACCUCUUCCUUCGGUGAUGCGGUCACAGGCGAACCAGUCCUCUCCGGGCAAGUUUACCACAGCUGCUCUCGAGCUUGGAAGCGGCGGCCAACGAACGCUGCCAUCUCCUCCUGGCCCUGCGACAUAUAGCAAAUCAGACAUCACCGGCUUCAAGAACUCGUCGAUGUCGUUGGAGGACCGGUUGCGCCUGAUGAUGAUUCAGGACGAGAAAAAGGAUGAGAAGAAGCAGCCAGAGCACAAUGAACCUGUCCAGGAGCCCGCCAAAGCGGACAACGGCCAGCACGAGGACAUCAAAGACGAGGUGAAGCAGCAGGAGGAUGUCGAACCCAAAGAAGAAACCGAUGAUGCAGCGAAGGAGCCUGAUGUCUUUACCCCUCCUCGUAUCUCUAGAGAUUCCAUCUUGCGCGACCUUCGAAAAGGCGAUGACUUUUAUGAUGACGACGAUGACGACUCGUAUCUGGACUAUGAUCCGGACGUACCGCUCCCGUCUCUUGAGGACGAUGAUGAUGGCGAGUAUGACACGGACAGCGUGAUUAUCAAGGAGGAGGACACCAGCGAACUUUCUGACAUUCCCGAGCAUUACGAGAGCGCCCCCUCCAAGGAUCCCUCGAUGAAAGACCUCCAGGGCAAACUACCUCAUGACGGGUCGAGCAAUUACUCCCUCCACUCAGCGGGAGCAGUCAAUGCUCCCUCGCCACCCGCUGAAGAACCUGAGGACCGUAGCUCUACCCCUGUUCCGGCUCCCGCCGAGCAAAGCGAACAAAUAGAACACCAAGAGCACCUUGAUCACCAUGAGCACCGUGACCCUACAGAGCCCACUGACCCUACAGAGCCCACAGAGCCCACUGAGCCCACUGAGGAAGCUCAAGAAGCCCCUGAGAAGGAAUCUUCUGUUGAUGCUCAGAAUGAGCAUGAACAGGCCCGACCCUUUUCUGCAUUUGAUAUGCGGCCUGCUUCUGCGCUUGAUGUUAGGCCUGAAUCUGCACUCGAUAGCCGACCGGUUUCCGCACUCGACAUGGCUUCUAUUCGUGAAACCUUGCAACGCCCGGGUACUCCGGAGCCCAAUGACUCGCCGGUCUCAGAGCCUUCGACUCCAGACUCAGUCAUCCGCCACCCUAUUGAAGAUGAUGACAUGAGCGACUUUUCUCCAGAUGGGAGUGUGACUGACGAGAGUGUGCCUGAUCCCAUUGCUACAAUCAAGGCGCCAGGAACUGCUCUCAAGGCGCGGCCAUCCUUGACGCCGGCUGACCUUGAACAAAUGGCAGCCACUCGACGCAAAGUUAGCGGCCCUCAAGCAUUCCGCUUGCCGUCCCUGAGCAAGCACUUUUCCAAUGACUCCCAGCACUCGAAUCACGACGACGAAGCGCAAGAACCCGAAGACGACUCGACCAAGUUGGCUCCCCCCUCCCCGAGCAAGGACACCCAGCGGCAGAGCAGUCUCGUGAAAUUGGAUAUCCCAUUCAGCAUCCAGGAAGAAAGCCUCGGCUUUGGUUUGAACAGAGAAUUUGAUCGUGUUAUGGAAAACCAAAAGAGAGGUUACCUCAUGCGCCAGAACACCAAGGUCAUCGUUGCCAGUAGUCAUAACGAGGAAGAGACAGCCACCACCCCCGGCGAAGCCGCGACCGAAGCCCGUUUGUCGAGGGUCCCUGGUAAUUCGAAUCGCAAGCCCAGCCAGCAGACAUGGACGACGGUCCCCUGGAACAGCCAGCGCCGCCGCUCCAGCAUCAGAACGCCCAGUGGGCUUAAGAAGAAGCCUGUUCCUGGUGCUGUGCCCCCUCUGCCUGGUCAAUCUAGCAACGUUGAUGCGGCUGCAGCAGAUGAGCCUGGAUUGAACGAAGCCUUGGAUGAAGGUGAAGAGCGCGGUCGUUUGUUUGUGAAGGUUGUUGGUCUUAAGUACUUGGACCUCCCAAUGCCCAGAGGCGAGAGGUCAUACUUUGCCCUUACUCUUGACAACGGCCUCCACUGCGUUACCACCGCCUGGUUGGAACUCGGAAAGUCGGCACCAAUUGGCCAGGAAUUCGAACUCAUCGUCCACAACGACCUUGAAUUCCAACUGACCCUCCAGAUGAAGGUGGACGAAGAGAAAAUGAAGGCACCAGAAGUCGCUCCUCCAUCCCCAGCGAAACAGAAGGCAUCAACCUUCAGCCGUGUCUUCGCCUCUCCCCGCAAGCGCAAGGAGCUCGAAAUGAAGCAGCAGCUUGUCUCCCAGCAGCGCAAGAGCCAGGACGUCAACGCCGGUGUUUGGGACCGUCUGAGGACAUUGAUCGCACAGGACGGCAGCUUUGGUCGCGCCUACGUCGCGCUCAGUGACCACGAGAAGCACGCUUUCGGGCGCCCCUACACGGUCGACAUUGCAUGCUUCAACGAAUGGGCCGUGGAAGAGCAACCCAGCAGUAUAAAGAGCAAGAAGAGUACCUCCAGCAAUUCUUCUCAGCGACGUCCUCCUUACAAAAUUGGUAAAUUGGAGGUGCAGUUGCUGUUCGUUCCCAAGCCCAAGGGUGCGAAGGACGAGGACAUGCCGAAGAGCAUGAACUCGUGCAUUCGGGAAAUACGGGAGGCGGAGAGCGUCUCGACUCGCACUUUCGAAGGAUUCCUUUCCCAGCAGGGUGGUGAUUGUCCGUACUGGCGUCGCCGGUUCUUCAAAGUCGUAGGCUCCAAGCUAACCGCCUACCACGAAACAACCCGCCAACCCCGCGCAACAAUCAACCUCUCCAAGGCUGUCAAGCUAAUCGACGACCGUUCCUCCCUCACCCAGCGCGAAACCUCAACACGCGGCGGUGGCCGUCGUAAAUCCGCCUUCGCCGAAGAAGAAGAAGGCUAUAUGUUCGUCGAAGAAGGUUUCCGCAUCCGCUUCGGUAACGGCGAAGUCAUCGACUUCUACGCCGACAGUGCAGCGGAGAAGGACGGCUGGAUGAAGGUCCUUGCUGAUUCCGUGGGCAAGGGCACCUCGGCCAGUGGGAGCGUGGCCAAGCCUUGGACUGACGUUGUUCUGCGGAGGGAAAGGAGCAUGAAGUCUAGACGGCAGCCCAGUGGUACGCAUGGUCCUCCGCCACCGACUCAGGCUCCGCCCGUUCCGCCGGUGAAGAAUAAUGUUGGGGCACAGCCUUCUACGUCUGCGGGAGUGCCGGCGCCGGCGUCGGUUCCUUCAAGGCCGAAACAUAAGCAUACGCAGUCGCAGCCUGAGGCGAGGGGGUUUGAUGCGAGGCGAGCAAAGACUCGUUCUUUGAUCUUUUAGGUUUAUUUCGGUGGAGGAUAGCAUGUUCCGGUUGUGAGUUUCGUUCCGGGUUUCUUUCUGUUUAUUCGUUUAUUUUUUUUUUUUUUUGUCAGUGUCAUCAUAAGCGGUUUGUUUCUCGGUUUUUUCUUUUCCCAAGCAUAUUGGUCUUUCAUUCUUAAUUUGUCGGUUCUCAUUCUUUUCACUGCGUCGGUGCUGGUGUUUUAAAUAUUGUGUCCUCUUUUCUCUUGUCCAUGUCUAGCCUUCGCGUUGAAUCUCUUUUUGUCUUAUUUCAUUUUGUCUGGGCUUUGGAAACGGACGAGGAUGGAGCAUCAAGCGACGUAAUUUUUCCAUGCUUCAUUCCCGCUGUCUGUACGUACAGCUAACGAUAUUUAACGCCUUUCCUUGUCGAUAAUUGAGUGUUUUUGUUGGCUAUUUUUGCUUAGCUUCGAUACAAAC